CGAUAUUCUGUCAGAAUGAAUAGCUAUGUCGAGAUCCAUGGCUCGCAACGCUCCGAGACACCUUCCUAAAGUCUGGACAAUAAUUUUGGUACGCCUCAAGACACUUUGGAAUCCUUCCACGUCAUUAGUCCACAUUGCUAUUAGUUACGCUUCACGCUUCCACACACUUUUCCCCAAGUCCGGUCAUGGGUGUGAACGGCGAGAUUUAUGAGCCACCACCAGGACCACCUCCAAACUACCCUAGGUCAUAUGCUAUAGAUGUAGCUCGCCAGCUUCAACCUCAGGGAUGGUGUAUCCUCAGCUUAGGUUCUCAUCCGCAUGAGAUAUAUGGUCAUGACAGAACAUACGAGCGUUAUCCCCAUGUUUGGCCAGCAAUCGAGGAUUUACUUGCUGCUAGCAAGGAAUUCUUCGCUCUGGAAGCUGAUGAGAAAGAAAAAUUUCUCACACGUGAUGGUAGCGAAGAAGGCUAUUCGAGCAUCAAAGGCGAGAAAGAAUUCAUCACUUUGAGGAGAGAUGAUGCAGACCACUGUCCUGACGUCCUUCGGGCUCCAGCUAAGAAUGCGUGGAAUGCGGUGUUUGGUGUUUUGAACGAAUGGAUGAAAGGUAUUGAAAAGGUCCUGGAGCUCCCUCCGUCGAGCUUAACGAGAUAUACCGAGCCCUGCCUCGAAAUGGAUCAUCACGCUCGCGCGACGAUGUUGAGACUUUUCAAAUACGAGAAUGACGGAGCGAAGCUGGUGGCUGAGCCACACAUGGACCUUGGUCUCCUGUCCUUAGUUGUGGGAGACACACCUGGUCUUGAAGUCUGGGACACGUCCAUAACUGUGGACGGAAAGUUGCAGCCCGGAUGGCAUCCGAUCGAGCGGAACUUCGAAAAAGGGAUGGCUACGUUGAUGGCUGGUAGACAGUUGCAAUAUUUAAGCCGCAGCCGCUUCAAUCCCGGAGGGCAUCGGGUCAUGUCUUACGGCGGAAAUUCCCGUCUCAUACCUAAGAAUCUAGAGACGCUAUCGCCAUCAAGAACCAGGAGGCUACUGAAUCGUUUGUCUCUUGGAAAACCCAAGCUGCCAAUUAAAGAGAAAUACAGGUACUCGAUAGUGUUUGUGCUUCGGGCACACGAACCGGUGCACAUAGACUAUCCCCUCCUAGAGAGUCCUGGUUUCUCUUUUGAGGAUGAGGACCAGAAUAUUCGAACGGCUGGCGAGUUGUUUCAACGGCUUAAAAGGGCACAUUUUAACAUCAACAUUGGGAUCAAGGAGCGUGAGCAGCAGAAGAAAAAGAUUCUUGCGGACAGAGUAUCGUCAGCGAUUCGAGCACCUGAGCACGAAGGCGUCACAUCUAUGUGACGUCUUUUUGGUUCAAGGUGUUCAUCAUCGAAUCAAAUGAACUUCAAGGAUGUUCCUAAGGUCGAACAGCGUUUAGAUGAUUCAGUCUAAACAGCCAAGUUUAUCGUUAUGAUCGAACAGUGGUUUUAAGCAUGGCCUGAACAGGCGUCCAAGCUCAUUCCAGAUGAAGAGACGACAAUAGCAGUGUAGUGCCCAACAAAUUAGAAUCUUCACCACACACACGCACGUCAUUUUCAUCAGUAUUCUUUAUCAGCAUCUGGGUAACAAUAUCACAUCCACAGAGCAGG